AGCAAAACCACCAAGAUGGCUACAUCAACGAGCUCGAAGUCCGCCGCUGGCAAGGGCAAAGGCAAAGCACAAGACAGCGACGAACCACAGCCGUCGCGGGUCGUGCAGAGCCAGAUGGCAAACCGCGCCAAAGCUCAGAUGGCGGCCCAGCAGACACCGAAGCAGGCAGCGCCGGUCGCGAGCGAGAGCAUCGAGCUGCCCGAUAUCAACAGCGAGUACUCAGACUCGGAGGACGAAAGUCGGCCGCGGUUCGACGCGCCCGAGUGGGCACAAAGCCCUGAGCUCCGGCAACAGCUCGAGCAGCAGAGCCGGAUGAACCCCGACGACAUCUUUGGGCGCAUCGGGCCGCUGCGCAUGGAGGAGAUCUUCCGUACGCGCCAGAGCCGCUUCCGCGCGAGGACGAGCUCGGCGAAUUGGGCGGGUGCGGAUCAGCUCACGGCCGAGGAAGAGCGCGAGUACGCGAGGCGGAUGGGCUUCCAGUAGCCUCAGUGACGUUCAUUGUUUGGUCGUUGGCACGUUGUAUAACCGGACCCUUACCUCAGAUUCGUGUAAUGUCAUCAUACGGCGUGAUGC